UAUACACUCUUGGGGUGAAAUGCUCCAUUUCUAUACAUGUUUAAGGAGACCAUAGUCUUUCAUCUAGAUUGUAGGUUCCCUGAGCCACAAGGAUAGUGUUUUAUCUAGUUGUGUUUCUCUAUAUUCCUGAGCGCAUAUUGGACCUUUGUUUGCUACAUUUAAUUUGUUUGGGAUUAUAAUUUAAAGUGCUUGACUCUGUGGUAUUGUAAAGUACCUAUUAUGCUGAGGUGAGUUCCAGCAUAGCUGAAGACAUAUAUGUAUUGUUUCUGUUCCCUUUUCUUGUAAUUCUUGAAGAACUAAAGUGUUUAGUUUAAAAAAAUUGAUGUUCUCCUGAAAUGACGAGAAGAUACAUGAAAAGAAAGAGCAUUAUUUCAUGUUAGAUUUGACACAACUGUAAAAAAUUUCUAGAUCUUAUUUUAUUCUGAUCAAGUUUCUAGUAAUGUAAAAGGAAAAGCAACCUAGUAUAAUUAUAACUCUUACUUGAUGCAUUAAUUAAUUGAUGCAUUCUUUUUUAAUGUAAAAUUUAAAAAAUAUAUACGUACAUAUAUGUAUAUAUAUACAUACAUACACAUAUACAUAUACAUACACAUACACAUACACAUAUAUAUACAUAUAUAUUUUGGUUACAGUUGGACACAAUAUCUUUAUUUUAUUUAUUUUUAUGUGGUGCUGAGGAUGGAACCCAGUGCCUCACACAUGCUAGGCGAGUGCUCUAUUGCUGAGCCACAACCCCCAGCCCAUUUGAUGCAUUCUUGACAGACUAAAUUGUAAAUUUUAAAUUCUUUGUUAUACUUUAAGGAUUUAGGAUUGUUUUGAAUGAGGUAGAUGGAGUAGUCGAAGGGUGAUUCCUUCAGUUAAGUACAGCAUAGUUCAAGUAAGGCCAAGGUAGGUGUUAAAUUUCCUUUGUCUUGCUUGUCCACAAAUUCCGUGGAAGAAUUCACAAGCAUGCUUAAUUCAAAUCUACUCAUUUGAAUCAGAUAUCAUGGAAAAUAGUGACCUUUUUGUAUAGGAAGGCCAGCUCUCUUGAAAUAUCCUGAUCAUUGAUAAUUUGUACACAGUUUCACAUAAGAUUUAGUACUAUUUGAAGACACUUAGUGAUUGCAAAAGUUUUGUCCUUGUCCCCUUUACAUAGCAGAAUUGGUUAAUCAGUUUAUAGGUUUUCACAUUUUGAAGGUAUAAGUUUAUUGUAGAACGGUGAAGUUUUGGAUAAUGAGGGAAAAAAUUUAUUGAACGAUUUUAUGGCUCUUAGUGGUCUAAUCCCUUCAAUUUGAAGAUGGGAAAACUGAGGCUGAGAAACCUGAAAUUCUGAUAAAGAAUUGGGUUUUGAAUAUGUUGAGGUAUUUGUUAGAAUAUUUGAAUGGAGGUGUCAGGUAGGCAGCUGGAUUCAUAUAUCUGGAAUUGAGGGAGAGAUCCAGCCUGGAAAUGUAAAUUUGAGAGUCAUCCCCUUAUAGGUGAUAUAUUAAAACCCAGAGGUGGAAUGAGAUCCCCAAGGGUGUUGGUGCUUAGAGAGAUUGAGAACCAAGGACUGAGCCUUGGGAGCACUUGGCUCCUUAAGUCAGGAGUAUAAGAUGAAGCUUAACUUACCCUUAAAGUGGUGUAGGAUUUGCUAGAAGCGAGCCUGUCUGUUGUGCUUGUGUAUUGAAGGCAGUGCCUUCAUGUGUAUUAUCUUCAAGGGAGGUGACACAUUUAUGAGUUGGAUAUGUGUGCGGUGUAAUUUGGAGUGAGUAUGUGGGCUGUGAGUGUAAUGGUAAAGAGUUGAGAGUUUAUGCAGUUAGAAAAGAGCUUCAAAAAGAGGAUUGUUCUAGUCAGCUGGAUGGAUUUAGAAAGCUAAGAUGCUUAGGAAGCUAUUAGAGUAGUACUGACCUGAACUGAGAAAGGUCUGGUAGCAGUGGGGAUGGGAAGGAAAUAACCAAUUGGAUAGAACCAGUGCACUAGAAAAAGCAUGUAUGGGCAAAAGGCAGAAUUCAAGGUGAUUUUGAAUUUCUCUCUUGGGAACAGGGAUAUGAAUGGUGUUAUUAAUGUAAACUGGAGAAGUUAGGGUAGGAGUCUGUUUUGAGAGGAAGAUAAAGAGUUUAAUGGAAGAUUUGACAAGCUAUUGGACCCCUAAAAUGUAAUCAGAUUUCUAGUCAGUGGGCUAAUCAUAUCAUCAUCUCUAGGAUCCUGUUCUAACCUAGGUGUUUUUCCUGAUGAUUAUUGUCAGAUAAGUAGGAAAAUACUGGUGAAAAAAGAAGAAAUGACUAUGUGGGAGUUUUAACUUAAGAGUUAACUAGUACUUUCAAUUUUUUUUUUUUUUGUAUCUAAGUUUUGUAAUUCGGAAUUACUUCAUAAUAUUUUCACAGAACUUGAAAAUUGAGCAUGCUUGGAAUAUCCUUUUUAGAUUUAUCUGUAUUUCCCUAAGAGGUUUUCUGAGCAUUUGUAAACCUCCACAGAUUUAUAUUAGUAAGUAUUUAUGUUAAUAAAACUAAUAAAAACCCUUAAGAGUGCUGUUAGCUCAUUCUUUGGAUAAUUUCUCAUCAUUUGAAACUAACUGGCAACUGAGCUUAUCUCAGUUUGUUUAAUGGGUUUGUGCUUGAUGAAGAUUAUUUCACUUCCCUAGUUUUUUUUCAUAGAUUUUUUUAAAGUACGUAUUUGGGGGCAUUUGUGGUAUAGCUACAAUUUUGAGGAAUUGACGUCAGUGUAGCUAAAUUUCUUGUACAGUGUUAGUGCUUUGUAAGUAUGAUUUAAUUAAUUAAACAUGAUAAUAUAAAAAUGUAGUUACUAGCUCCUUCCCAUCCAUUAAUUAUAUAGACCAUAAUAUUAUUCUCUUUUAUUAUUAUUUGAGUUGGGAAGUUUGUAAUUAAAGGAGUUAUGAAUUUAGUACUGGAAAAUGGUUGAUAUAUUUGGAGACAUUAUUAUUCUAUAGGUAGAGCUUGAAGCACAAAUGGAUUUCCUGGUAUUGUAUUUGAACCAAUGAAUAUUUAAGAGUAGCAGUUGUAUCCAGUUUUCCUUAAAGAAGUCCUGUUGAACAUUUUAUUGUACCAGACAAUUUGGCACAGACUAGUUAUAUUCCUAUGCCCAAGUUAAUUUAUGUUAAAAUAAUAUUUAGUUUUAUUUCAGGGCGCAACAUUAAUUCUUAGAACUGAUUGCUUUGAGACUAGUUUUAUAUACCUUUUAGUAUGUUUUGACAUUGGAAGAAAAAGAAUACUCAGUGUUAAUUUCUUCUGAAUAAUACAAAAUUACAUAGUUGAGUUGAUGUUAUCCUUCUUCCAUUUCAUUUACUAAUGGCCACAGGUACCAGUGGCUUUCUCAGAAAAUCUUCUCCAAUGAAUUUCACCUUUCAGUUAGUAAAAGACAAUAUUCCCACAAAGUUUCAAUUCUCCAGAAUGGAUAUACAUCAUCAUUUAGUAUAAUGCACUCCUCUUAAAACUCUUGAGCUUGGUUUUAGUACUGCUUAGUUACCUGGAUUUUCCAAAACAGGCUUAUCAGGCAGCUGUAUGUCCAUCAUUUACCAGGCAUAUUUGAUGAUUAUCAUGUUUUUGUGUUGCAGAUUGAACCCAGGGCCUUGCAAAUGCUAAGUACAUGCUGUACCACUGAACUACACCCCCCAACCUCUAUAUGAUGAUGAUGAUGAUUUUAAUAUGUAUAUUUUUUUAGUUGUCAAUGGAUCUUUAUUUUCUUUUUGGGUGGUGCUGAGGAUCGAAACCAAUGCCUCACAAAUGCUAGGCAAGUGCUCUACCACUGAGCCGCAACCCCAGCCCUGUAUGAUUAUUUUUUAUGACAAUAUUUUUUUUUUGUCAGCCUUGGACAUUUAAGUAUAUAUACCUAUACAUUAGUUCCAUGAAGAUUGGCUAAGAUAAUGUAAGGUCACAGGCUGUUUAGUGAAGUUUACAGGUAUAUCAUAGUAAGAUUUAUUAAAGCAAGUAUGGAGUUUUGAAUGUGACUAUAUUAAGUGAAAUAUUGAAUUUUCUUGCAGUAGUCCUUAAUAUACGUUCAUUUGUUCUUAUGGUGUUUCUCAUGCUUGUUACAAUUUCUGGUAGCAUGAAUAAGUAAUUUACUUACAUUUCAUACCUGAGAAACUAAAGGAAGAACUGGCUAAUAAACAUGAAAAUUGCCAUUUAAUUUCUACUGUCCACUUUAUGAAUGCUUAUGAUUAUCGUUCCCUGCUCUUAAAUACAUAUUUGGAUUGCUGUCAGAUUGCGAGUAGUCUCUGUGUACAAACUAAAUUUAAAAAAGUCUUAAGUAAGAAAUUUAAAUUACCUGGGUAUGAGGGGGAAAAAAGCAAAAGCAAAGACAAAAACUACUGAAGGAGAAAAAGAUUUCAAAGUUAAUCAAUUUUUUCUUUUGCUUUUCUCUUAUUUGGAUAUACCACAUCAUAUUCCCACUCAGUAAUACAAAUAAUGAUAAUAUUAGUGCGUGUGUGUAUACACACAUUUAAAUUAUAUAGAAAAACAACAUUCUCAUUUAAUUUGGCUGACCAAUCAAUUAGCUAUUUUUAUUGUUGUUCAAUAAAAAUUUAAAUGUAAUAGUCUUAUUAAAAUAAGUGAGAAUAAUUAAAUAGAACUGAUUAAAAUUAAGCCUUUAAAAUACUUAUGGAUUAAUUAGCAGGCUAUAAGUGAAAUUCAGUUUUGGUCUCCUUUACAGGAAUAGCUAUUCAGUCAGACAGAACCACUUAUCACGUUUUGCAGUAUCUCCUGAGGAAGUCAGAAUCUGAGCCAGCAUGAAGACUGAAUCUUGUCUUUGGUCUGAUUUAUAACUGUGCUUUUAUUCUAACCAUGUGCAAGGUGGAGGUUAUAGCAUGGAAACUAAAACCUUACUUCCUGCUUGACAUAACUCACUUCAAGAAGUGCACAAUGUCAGAACGUGGAAUUAAGUGGGCUUGCGAAUAUUGUACGUAUGAAAACUGGCCAUCUGCAAUCAAAUGCACUAUGUGUCGCGCCCAAAGACCUAGUGGAACAAUUAUUACAGAAGAUCCGUUUAAAAGUGGUUCAAGUGAUGUUGGUAGAGAUUGGGAUCCUUCCAGCACCGAAGGAGGAAGUAGUCCUUUGAUAUGUCCAGACUCUAGUGCAAGACCAAGGGUUAAGUCUUCAUACAGUAUGGAAAAUGCAAAUAAAUGGUCAUGCCACAUGUGCACAUACUUGAACUGGCCAAGAGCAAUCAGAUGUACCCAGUGCUUAUCCCAGCGUAGGACCAGGAGUCCCACAGAAUCUCCUCAAUCCUCAGGAUCUGGCUCAAGACCAGUUGCUUUUUCUGUUGAUUCUUGUGAGGAAUACAAUGAUAGAAAUAAACCGAACACAAGGACCCAGCAUUGGACUUGUUCUAUUUGCACAUAUGAAAACUGGGCCAAGGCUAAAAAAUGUGUUGUUUGUGACCAUCCCAGACCUAAUAAUAUUGAAGCAAUAGAGUUGGCAGAGACUGAAGAGGCUUCUUCAAUAAUAAAUGAGCAAGAUAGAGCUCGUUGGAGGGGAAGCUGCAGUAGUGGUGGUAAUAGCCAAAGAAGAUCACCUCCUACUACAAAACGAGACUCUGAAGUUAAAAUGGAUUUUCAAAGGAUUGAAUUGGCUGGUGCUGUUGGCAGCAAGGAGGAACUUGAAGUGGACUUCAAGAAACUAAAGCAAAUUAAAAACAGGAUGAAAAAGACUGAUUGGCUAUUCCUCAAUGCUUGUGUGGGAGUCGUAGAAGGUGAUUUAGCUGCCAUAGAAGCAUACAAAUCAUCAGGAGGAGAUAUCGCACGCCAGCUUACUGCAGAUGAAGUACGCUUACUGAAUCGCCCUUCUGCCUUUGAUGUUGGCUACACCCUGGUACACUUAGCCAUACGUUUCCAGAGGCAGGAUAUGCUAGCAAUAUUGCUUACAGAGGUGUCUCAACAAGCAGCAAAAUGUAUUCCAGCGAUGGUGUGUCCUGAACUGACAGAACAAAUCCGGAGGGAAGUCGCUGCCUCUCUUCAUCAGAGAAAGGGGGAUUUUGCUUGCUAUUUCCUAACUGACCUUGUAACAUUUACAUUGCCAGCAGAUAUUGAAGACUUACCCCCAACAGUUCAAGAAAAAUUAUUUGAUGAGGUGCUUGAUAGAGAUGUUCAAAAAGAGUUAGAAGAAGAAUCCCCAAUUAUAAACUGGUCCUUGGAGUUGGCUACACGUUUGGAUAGUCGACUGUAUGCCCUUUGGAAUCGAACUGCAGGGGACUGCUUACUUGACUCAGUACUACAAGCUACCUGGGGUAUUUAUGACAAGGACUCGGUGCUUCGGAAAGCCCUGCAUGACAGCCUGCAUGACUGUUCACAUUGGUUUUACACACGCUGGAAAGAUUGGGAAUCCUGGUAUUCUCAGAGCUUUGGUUUACAUUUUUCCUUAAGAGAAGAACAGUGGCAAGAAGACUGGGCAUUUAUCCUCUCUCUUGCUAGUCAGCCUGGAGCAAGUUUGGAACAGACACACAUUUUUGUCCUUGCCCAUAUUCUUAGACGACCAAUUAUAGUUUAUGGAGUAAAAUAUUAUAAGAGUUUCCGGGGAGAAACUUUAGGAUAUACUCGGUUUCAAGGAGUCUAUCUGCCUUUGUUGUGGGAACAGAGUUUUUGUUGGAAAAGUCCUAUUGCUCUGGGGUACACAAGGGGCCACUUCUCUGCUUUGGUUGCCAUGGAAAACGAUGGCUAUGGCAACCGAGGUGCUGGUGCUAACUUGAACACCGAUGAUGAUGUCACCAUCACGUUUUUGCCUCUGGUUGACAGUGAAAGAAAGCUACUCCAUGUGCAUUUUCUUUCUGCACAGGAGCUAGGUAAUGAGGAACAGCAAGAAAAACUGCUCAGGGAGUGGCUGGACUGCUGUGUGACUGAAGGGGGAGUUCUGGUAGCUAUGCAGAAAAGCUCUCGCCGGCGGAAUCACCCCCUGGUCACACAGAUGGUAGAAAAAUGGCUUGACCGCUACCGGCAGAUCCGGCCUUGUACAUCCCUAUCUGAUGGAGAGGAAGAUGAAGAUGAUGAAGAUGAAUGAAGAAAAACUUAUGGAGCAGAAGACCAAGGCAUCAGAAUCUGUGAUGACCCCCAAGUUAGCUUGGUGCUCCAAGCAGAGUGUAUAGCAUGAAAUGAACCAAAUCUGGCAGGAUCUGCUCAGAAGUAUUUUUCUGAUCCACACCCAGUGGAGAUAAUUAAUGCAUCUGCUGCAUGAGGAGACAAGAGAACUGGUUGAACUACAGUUUGUAUAAAACAAAAAACUAAUUUUAUUAAGACAGAACUUUUUUCUUUCAAAUUGUAAAUCUGUCUAUAAAUGUAAUGCAUGUGGUUGUGUAAGAAAUUGUGUAAUAGGAAAAGUUGUACCAGCAUCUUCAUAUUGAGAAAACUUUUUUCCAGCAUGGGCACUUACAAAAAAGCACAUGGCAGACCACUCUUAUUCCUUUGAGAUGUUCUCUUCAUUAGAACCUGGCAUUCUAUUUUCACCUUAAAAGAUCCAUUUUACAUUUAGUCUGAGAUCUGGAAAGUUUGUACAAAUUGUCCACCGCAAAACAUAAUAAAUAAGCUUAUAUUUUAUUUAUUUAGUUCCUGUUGUGCCCAAUAAAAUCAAACCUUUUAGGAACAAACUACAAGAAAAGCUAAUAAUCUUUGAGUGAACCUCAUAGCUUCCUUGGAGAGUUUUUAGUUUCAAAUUUGUCAUUUUUGGGUUUUAUGAUUUGCUCCUUUGAGCAUUUAGAUACUUGUGGACUUGUCUGGAAGAAUGCCCUGAAGUGAAUGUUCUUGCCCCAGACUCUGGGCAGCAGUUGGGAAGGGAAGGGAGCAGGCUCACUUCUCACUGAGUAGAUCGUGUCAAAUUUGUUCCCUUCAGCUCCAUCCACAUUGUACUACUCCUAAAUUGCCAUGCAGAGAACCUUUGGAUUCUUCCCAUCUCCUGUUAUCACCUUUGCUCUAAGCAAAUGCUGUUAGGAGGCUGUGCCUUUGCUUAGACUGAUUGGGAAUACCAUUCAGUGCAGAAUAAAGAUUUUAAAAAAUGCAAUAAGGUGGUAAGUGCAUUGUAUGAAUUCUCUGUAAGUCCAAGAACUCUUGCAUGUUGGUUAAUUGUGGCCAUUCUUAUUAUUUAAUAAGUUAAAUUAUUGUGUAGAAAAACUUUCUAUGAAAAGUAUUAUUUGACCACUUCAGGUAUACAUUCAUUCAGUACUGGGUAAAAAUUUCUGAUCUCAGGAACACCAGACUUAGUUUCCUGACAAGCAUUUUGUAACUAUUGAUAUGGCAAGGAAUUAUCAAAGAAGCAAAUAACAUAGACACAUGUUUUAACUUUCCUUUGAUGAAAAGGCUGUGAAAACCUUUUAAUAUUUGCUUCCUGUUUAGAUGGUAUUGAAAUGUGCCCAUCUUCAAAUUUGAUGCUGGGAUACUAAAAAAACCGAAAAAUACCCAUGACCUGUCAUGUCUUUGGUUCUUUCUCCUCUCCAAACACUCAGUAAAGUGUUCCCAGGAUGAUGGGAUCAUUUUUGCUGCAUGCUAAAACCUGCGAGGAAGAGUCAUGUUUGCAGUAUGAUUCCAUAUCAAUGAAUUUUGGUAUAUUACAAUAAUGGUGAAUGUACUGUUCCAAGUGGUUACUGUCUUCUUACAAAUUGACUGUGGUUUCCUUUUUUCUUUGUAAUAGCUAAGUUUUUAGAAGCAGGGGCCAUCAUUCUGAGUGCUUAGAAUAGCAUCUGUAGUUAACUGUUCUUCAUGGAUAAGGAGGAUUCUUCAGGGGUCACAGAUCCUGUUCUAGUUGUUUGGCCACCUCACUUGGGAAGGCAGAGUGCCUAAGAGAGGCAUUAGGAAAGCAUCUGGUCUCUGGGGCCUGCAUUGCACUCAUUGUUGAGCUGCCAGGUAUCCUUUCCCCAGAGUUCCCUCUUUAUUUAUUUAUGAUUAGUUUGAUGGGUACAACAUUCUUCCCUGUGGGAAAGCAUUAUAUCUGGUUCCAUUUUCUAGGUUUCAGACAGGAAAAGGGGCUUUUAAGUGGUUUUCACAACAGACUGGCUGGCUGUUAAAGGCCAAAUUUUUUGGUAAAUCAAUGCUAUGUUAAGCUCUUGAACUAUUCAACAGCCAUAAUUGUCUUUAGGUUGACUGUGAAUAAUAAUGCCUGAAUUGUAUGGACUUAACUUCAUGGUUUUUUUUUCUAGGGUAAAAUCAGUAUGGUGUCUUCUAUUCUUGUUGUUCUUCUUUGGAUUCAAUUAUAUAUAUAAUAAUUUCCAAAGAACUGUCUGAGCAACUGAAAUCUAAUUAAACAAAACCCAGGCACA